AUGCUGCGCCAGGUGUUGCACGCGGGCCUGAGGACCUCCUUCCACGCGCUCGGUCGGUUCGUGGCGAGCCACCCGGUGUUCUUCGCCUCGGCGCCCGUGCUCCUCUCCAUCCUGCUGGGGGCCAGCUUCAGCCGGUACCGCGUGGAGGAGGACGUGGAGAGCCUGCUCGCGCCCAAGCACAGCCUGGCCAAGAUAGAGGGCAACCUGGUGGACAGCCUGUUCCCCGUGAACCGGUCCAAGCACGCGCUCUACUCCGACCUGCAGACACCGGGACGCUACGGGCGCGUGAUCGUCACCACCCGAAAGGGGAGCGUGCUGGACCCGGUUCAUCUGGACACCGUACUAAAGCUCCACAAGCGGAUCUACCAGAUGCAGGUGACGGUCAACAGCUUCAACUACUCCUUCUCCUCCCUCUGCCUCCCCGACGACAAGAACGUCUGCAUCAUCGACGACGUCAUCCGCGCCAUGGAGGAGAUCCAGUCGGCGCGCGCCGCCAACGGCUCCGUGCCGCUCCUGCGCUACCCGAUCACGCAGCUGGUGGACGGGCGGCAGGCGUACAUCGGCCACCAGCUGGGCGGCGUGCAGGGCUGGGGCCCCAGCGGGGCGCUGCGAGGCCAUGGCGCUGGGGCCAGGGGCGAAGGUGUGCGAUCGGCCAGGGCGCUGCAGCUCACCUACUACCUCCAAGCCCGCGGCGGCCUGAUGGACCGGGUGGCCGGCCAAUGGGAGAAGGCCUUCUGCGCUGAGCUGCAGCACUUUGCGGCAUUGCACCCCAAACUGGGGCUGUACCCUUCCACUUCCUCUUCUCUGAGGACAGACUUCCAGUUCUCCUCGGUGCUGGCGCACCAGCCCCUGCUGGCCAGCUUGGGGGCGUGCGGCGUGCUGGCCGUCCUCUGCUGCUCCAUGAGGGACUGCGUGAGGUCCAAACCCUGGUUGGGACUGCUGGCUCUGCUGUCAAUCACACUGUCGGGCCUCACCGCGGCCGGGAUACUCAACCUGACGGGGGCCACCUACAACUCCACGUACCUGGGCAUCCCUUUCGUCAUGCUCGGCCACGGGCUCUUCGGCUCCUUCGAGAUGCUGUCGUCGUGGAGACGGACCCGCGAGGACCAGCACGUGAAGGAGCGCGUGGCGAGCGUCUUCGAGGACGUCAUGCUGCGCUUCUCCGGCUCCACCAUGCUCCACCUGAUGACCCUGGGCCUGGCCGCCUCGCCGCUCACCAACAUGGAGGCCGUGCGUCUCUUCUGCCGCACCGCCGCCUUGGCCGUCACCAUCAGCUACGUGUACAUGCUGUCCUUCUACAGCUCCUGCCUGGUGUUCACCGGCUACCUGGAGACCGGCUACCGGCACGGCUGCUUCUGCCGGCGGGUCCCCAAACCGGACCGGCUGGACUCUAAACCGGCCUGGUACCGGUGCCUCAUGUACACGCGCUACCAGGACGAGGCGCCGACGGCCGACCCGGCGCACGCCGACUCUCACCUCUUGCUGGGGUGCGUGAGGCGUUGCUACGGCGACUGGAUCACCAACACCUACGUCAAACCCUUUGUGGUUCUGCUGUAUCUGGUUUACAUCUCCUUUGGAUUGAUGGGCUUCCUGCAGGUGACUCAGGGUUCAGACCCCAGCGCGCUGGUUGCCAUGGAUACGGCGACCGUCCUGUACACGCGCGCCCAGCAGCGCUACUUCAGCUCCUACUCCCCCGUCAUUGGCUUUUACAUCUACGAGAGCGCCCCCUACUGGAACAGCUCCGUGCAGCGGGACCUGCUGGAAUACGCCAAAGGCUUCCAGCGAAUCAGCUGGCUGGAAGCCUACCUGAACUACCUGUCGGACCGCAACCAGUCCACCAGCCAGCCGCGGGAGAACUUCACCAACACGCUGCGCCACGCCUUCCUCCGCGAGCCGCGGUUCGCCCACUUCGCCGACGACAUCAUAUUCGCGGAGCGCGGCCCGGGCGAGGAGCCCGACGUGGCGGCGUCCCGCAUCUUCCUGGUGGCCAAGACGACGGAGAACAAGCGCGAGGAGAUGUCGGUGCUGCUGGACACGCUGCGGCGCCUGUCGCUGACGUCGCGCGUCCGCUUCCUGAUCUUCAACCCCUCCUUCGUCUACCUGGACCGCUACGCCGCGGCGGUCAGCUCCCCACUCAGACACUCACUGCUGGCGGUGCUCUUCCUGUUGGGUCUGUCCUCGCUGGCCGUGGUGGAGCCGCUGGUCUCCGUGUGGCUGGGCCUCACCCUGCUCUCCGUCCAGUUCGGGGUGCUGGGCUUCAUGACCCUGUGGGGCGUGGAGCUGGACUGCAUGUCCGUGCUGUGUCUGAUCUCGGCCCUGGGACACUCGGCCGACUGCAGCGGGCCCCUCCUGUGCGGGUUCUCCUCGGGCCGGGGCGACAGCAGGACUCGCUGGGUGAGGGUGGCGCUGGAGAGGCACGGGGUCCCCUCCCUACAGACGCUCAUCUGCUACGGCGCCGCCCUGGUGCCCGUCGGCUCGGUGCGCUCGAACCUCACACACACACUGUUCCGCUGCCUGGCGCUCACGGCCGGCUGCUCGGCGCUGCACACGCUGGCGUUCCUGCCCACCCUCCUCACCUUCCUGCCUCCCUCCAAGGACCGGGGCCCCCGGGCCGACGGCGAGGCGCAGAGACAGGAAGUGGAGUGCGUCGAGAUGAACGACAGCACGCGAGUGGUCGACCAGAUCACCACUGUCUGA